AUACCGAACUUCAAAGUGUAUUAAGGAAAUUCCUAAACAAUUGAUUUGAUCUGAUUUGGUAACUCUGGCCAUAUUCCGGUGACUAAAUGAUGACAUGGACCUCCGGAAAAUCCUACGUGGUCACGCCGGGAUUAAAUCGAAACACAGUCGUUUUGUGUUUUAAAGACGUCGUCGUUUGGAUUCGUUUUAACUGAACUUCUUCAAUAAAUGAGUCGACUUAACCCUAAAUUCACAAUUUUCUUUCAUUUCGUUUGCAUAUCAUUCCAAUCCAUCUCAAUGAGCAAGUAUUGGAACAGUGAGACUGGAGAAUCGUUUUCGAGCUCGAGCUCGUCUGACCUAGGGUAUAACACACCCAACAGCCCGCGUUUUGCUAAUUGGGCGGUAGGGCCAAGAAACUGCAAACAUGGUCUGGCGUGUGUGAGGACUUCGCACACCCCCGUGAAUCCAUUGCGGCGCUUCCAAUGCUGCAACCGUCGAGGGACAAGCGCAGAUUGUGGGUUUUGGGAAUGGCUUGACCCGGAAUUGAAUGACCACUACAAGGACUGCAUUACAAAACUCAGGCUACAAGUUGUUAGGGCUGACGAGGAGCGUGAAGAAGCCAAAAUGGCCGCUACUUUGAGCCUUGAAAGGUUGGAUGCGAGAGUGCGUGAAACCAAUUCAGUGGCUAUGGAGCUGGAUUUAUUGAAGGCCAAGAACGACGCCCUUGAAGGCAUCGUUCGUGGACAGUUGGUCUUCGCACUACUAAAUGGGUUGUUUGCGUGUUUGCUGUGCUUUGGAUUAGCAAGUAAUCUAGGAUUUGGUUAA